AUGCUAGGCAGAAUUCAAAAUUACACAAGUGGAUUAGUUUCUAAAGCAAAUCUUUUAUCAACAAAGGCUUUGUACUAUGGUAAAGUUGGUGCCGAGAUUUCAAAACAGAUUUAUGUAAAGGAAGGUCUCCAACCACCAACUGCGGCCCAAUUCAAAUCAGUAUAUCUAAAUCUCUACAAACAGAGCCUUAACUUUGUGUUGAAGCCUACGGAAGUUUUAUCGUUUUUGAAAAACAUUCAAAAGAACGAAUUAUUAAAAUAUGGUGCAUACGGUGUUCAAAUAGUGGGGUUUUAUUCAGUAGGUGAAGUAAUUGGAAGGAGAAAGUUGGUAGGCUAUAAGCAUCAUUAG